UGAAAUAGCGGGCUGGUGCGCGCCAACAUUGUCGAAUACCCCAUCUUAUGGACCCUGAGAAUAAAGCAUGAUGAAAAAGACCGUUCUCAUCACCGGUUGCAGCUAUGGCGGAAUGGGAUCCCAUCUCGCCGAAGCUUUUCACGCCCGAGGCUUCCACGUAUUCGCGACGCUCCGCAACACAGCAAAAGCCGGAGCCCUUGCCGACAAGGAGGGCAUCGACAUUCUCGACCUCGAAGUAACCUCAGCUGAAUCCGUUCAAUCAUGCGCAAAAGCUGUUGGAAAAAUCACCGGCGGCUCCCUCGACGUCCUCGUCAACAAUGCCGGCGCCGAUUUUACCCUCCUGCUCUUGGACACGUCCAUCAACGAUGCCCGAAGGUUGUACGAUCUCAACCUCUGGGCGCCGCUCGCCGUGACGCAGGCCUUUGCUCCAAUGAUCGUCCAGGCCAAGGGAGUCAUCUGCAACGUCUCGUCGGUUUCGUCCAUCUGCAACUUCGCCUGGGCGGGAAUAUAUGCAAGCUCCAAGUCGGCGCUCAACGUCCUCUCCGAAACCCUCCGCGUCGAGCUGCAGCCGUUCGGCGUGCGCGUCCUGACCGUCAUGCUCGGCGGCUGCGCCACGAAUGCGCACGCCGGAAUGCCGGACCUGGUGCUGCCUCCGGGCUCGCGGUACCAGCCGAUCUGGGAGACGAUCGAUCGGCAGAAGAAGGGGCUGGUGUACAAGAACAAGCAAGAUCCAGCUGUGGCGGCGAGGAAUAUCGUCAGUGAUGUUAUUGGCGGUCGGCAGAGUUAUGUGUGGCGCGGGGCCUCCUCGACCCUGUGUUGGUUCUGCUCGACGUUUAUGCCGAAUGAUGUGUUCGUGAAAAUGGUGAAUGAGAGAAAAGGGUUGGAUAUGCUGGCGGGGAAGAAGCACUGAAUAAGGGUCCUGAUGCUUUCCCAAAUAGGCUAGCGGAGAUGGCUAAAUUUUCUGGAAUUGCGGGUCAAGGGAUUCCGGGGAGCGUUGACGUCUGACAUUCACAACCCUAUAUGAGUGAUAGCAUGCUUUUCAACCAACCCAAGCCCAUCAAUGAACACUUUCUUGAAUCCGUUCCGGGCGCCAUCUCGAAACGAAGCAGAGUGGUUCUCGGCCGGUGUCGCCUCUUCCUUCCCAGAUGUUGGCCUCGAUGAGACGGGGACGGAAAGCGAGUCAAGCAAUCCCAAACUCUGCGGAAUUCGUGGGCCGGAUGCCAAACCAGGUUGCAAAGUCUUCCAUGUUCCCAAAACGAACGCUCCUCAACGGGCCGAAAUCGAGGUUGUAGGAGACGACUUGGCGGCGCAGGACUUGACAGACCAGGUUCUCGUCUUUCAGUAUCGCGGCAAAUUCCAUGCAAUUGAUCAU